GUCCGCAUCAUAGUUCAGAGAACCUGUGGUAUCUGAGCUCUUGCAAUGGCUCGCGAAUCCACGACGAAGACACCACGGAAGGCGGCAGUGAAGUCAACGAAACCACAGCCCUUGAAGGCCAAGGCGGGCGCGAAGCGCAAGUCGCGCAAGGAGAAGCCAGACGUGGAGGAUGAGGAAGAGGAGGAUAUAUACAGUGACUAUGAAGAGUCGGGCGCGAAGGAGAAUGGCAAAGCUAAGAAGAGGGGCAAGACUGUGAAGGAAUACGACAGCGACGCGCUGGACGACGACUCGGACGCGGACGCAGAGCCCCCGAAGAAGCGCAAGCGAGGGCAGGACAUGAAGCCACUCGCAAAGGUGAACACCAAGGCAACGAAGAGAGGGAAGGCGGUGAAGGAGUACGACAGCGACGCGCUCGACGACGCGUCGAACGUCGAACCGGAACCGGCGCCCAAGAAGCGAAAGAAAACCGCGAUCUCGCAGGGAAAGACCACGAGCUCGCCGCGCAAGAAGAGUCGGCGCGCGAAGAAGGAUUCGGAUGAGGAGUUCGACGAUGCGGAGGAUGAGCAAGAGGUGAUCGGGGAGAUUGUGCAGGCGCCGAAGACGGGGAGAGUUCCUCCAGGUCAGAUCUCGCAGAACACGCUUGAAUUCCUUGGUCAUAUGAAGGACCCGAAGUGUAAUAAUCGCGAGUGGGUGGCAGAGAAGGAGUGGAAGGACUUUGUCGAAGCAUUUACGGAUGCAAUAAUCGAGGUCGAUCCUGAAGUGCCACCACUACCGCCAAAGGAUGUGAUUCACCGAAUAUACCGAGAUAUACGCUUCAGUAACGACAAGACGCCGUAUAAGCAAGGAUUCUCCGCCAGCUUUUCAAGAAGCGGUAGGAAAGGCACCUUUGCUGGAUUCAAACCAGGCAACCAAAGCAUCAUCGCCGCAGGGGCAUGGUGUCCGGGGAAAAAUGAACUGUCGACGAUCAGAGCCAACAUCAAGCGCAACCCCCGCCGCCUGCGAGAGAUCAUCUCCACGCCCGAUUUCGUCGAGCACUUUGGCGAACCAAAGCCCCAGCCGGAGGGCGAGAGGUCGAAUAUAUUCGGGAUGGAGGAUGAGCUGAAGGUGGCGCCGAAGGGGGUGGAUAAGAAUCAUAAGGAUAUUGAUCUUUUGAAGUGCCGUUCGUUCGCCGUCGUGGAAAGAUUUCUUGAUUCCGAAGUGUUGGCGCCGGACUUCAAGGAGAGGCUUGCAAAGGUCGCCGCUGUCAUGUGUCCUUUUGUUCAUUGUUUGAACGAUAUGAUGUCGGUCAUGGAGUCUGAGAGUGAGGGCGAAGAGGAUGGGGAGGAGUAGAAGGGAUUCAUGGGUUACCGGUUCCCAUGUGGAUGGUUCUGGUCAACCAAUAGCAAUUCUCUAGCCCCGAUAGCCUUUGCUCCCGCGAAGCGCGCCAUUGUGGGCGUCUUCAGCUGUCCCUUUGCCACGCCCUUGAUAUGAUAUGUCAACUACUCUAUUGGGAUACACAUUUGCUUGGUUCGACGUCCGAAG